AUGAUGAUAAGUAACCAGACUUUCACAGUGACAGAGUUUCUCUUCUCUGGAUUCCCCCAGUUGGAAGAAGGUAGCCUCCUCUUCUUCAUUCCUCUGCUCACCAUCUACAUAUUCAUUGUUAUUGGGAAUCUCACUGUGGUUUUUGCAGUCAGGAUGGAUAUUCACCUCCACAAACCCAUGUACAAUUUCAUCAGCAUUUUCUCAUUUCUGGAGAUCUGGUACACCACUGCCACAAUUCCCAAAAUGCUCUCCAACCUCAUCAGUAAGCAGACGACCAUCUCCAUGUUUGGCUGCCUCUUGCAGAUGUACUUCUUCCAUUCACUGGGAAAUUUGGAGGGGAUUUUGCUGACCACCAUGGCCAUUGACAUGUAUGUUGCCAUCUGUAACCCUCUCAGAUACCCAACCAUCAUGACCCCCCAGCUGUGUGCUCAGCUGUCUGCAGGCUCCUGCGUCUUUGGCUUUCUUGUGUUGCUCCCAGAAAUUGCAUGGAUUUCCACACUGCCCUUCUGUGGACCUAUAAACCACCAGAUCUUCUGUGAUUUUGAGCCUGUGCUGCGCUUGGCCUGCACAGACACAUCCAUGAUUCUGAUUGAAGAUGUGAUCCAUGCUGCGGCCAUCAUC